CAGUUGAUGAUUAUAUCAAUAAUAGUCUUGACAAUUAUGUUGUAGAUAAGGAAGAAACAAGUAAAAAUUGUAAUACAUUUAAUAAAGGCCUAGGUUUAUUAACUCAGAAUAAUUUAAUUUUAGAUGAUAUUGUAAAUCUUCAGGAUACAGUGUUUCAAGAAAAAGAAGCACUAUCAUUUGAAUUGUCUAUUAAUGCUGUGGAUACUAGUGUUGAAGAUGACAUCAAUAUGAACUUUGAUCCAGAGGAUCUUGUUGAUAUUGUUUUAAAUACUGAAUUAUAG